UCAUAGUUGAUCCCAAGCUGUUAAACUUUUAUAAGUAGGCAUCAACUCUUCACUGAGUUUCUCCUCAGUUGCAUACUUAAACUCUCCCUUACGGCAGUUUUGGAUAACUCUUACUUUCUCCCUACUCCAUGGCCUUUGGUCUAUCUUCCAUUUUUGUUAUCACGAUCUUUGCUAUCUCCUUUACGAACCUUGCAUCAGUGUCGUUGGUGCUCGCUAGAAAGCCAUGUCGAUUCCCUGCAAUAUUCAACUUUGGUGACUCAAACUCCGACACUGGAGGCUUGUCAGCAGCAUUUGGCCAAGCUCCUCCUCCCAAUGGGUUCUCUUACUUUGGCGCCCCCGCUGGCCGCUACACCGAUGGUCGCCUUUUGAUCGACUUCAUAGCCGAGAGCCUUGGGUUGCCAUAUCUAAGUGCAUUUCUUGACUCUGUGGGGACUAACUUUAGCCAUGGAGCUAACUUUGCCACUGCUGGAUCCACCAUUAGACCUCAAAACACAACUCUGCAACAAAGCGGGUUCAGCCCUAUCUCUUUGAACGUUCAAUUUUACGAGUUCAAUGAUUUCCAUGCAAGGACACAAGUUGUACGUAAAAGAGGUGGAGUUUUUGAAAUCUUAAUGCCAAAGAAAGAACACUUCUCAAAUGCCUUAUACACCUUUGACAUCGGCCAAAAUGAUCUCACUGCGGGUUACUUCUCAAACAUGUCUACUGAUGACGUUAAAGCCUAUGUUCCCGAUGUGCUUAAUCAGUUCCAGACUAUAAUUCAGUAUAUAUAUAACCAAGGAGGGAGAUACUUUUGGAUACACAAUACAGGUCCUGUUGGGUGUUUACCAUAUGUAAUGGAGCGUAUCCCGGUCUUAGCAGGUCAAAUUGAUGACUAUGGAUGCGCCUCUCCAUUCAAUGAAGUUGCUCAGUUUUUCAACCGUGGAUUGAAAAAGAUUGUGGAACAGUUACGCAAAAAUUUGCCCCAUGCUGCAAUCACUUACGUUGAUGUCUACUCAGUGAAAUACUCCCUAAUUAGCCAAGGAAGAAAGCAUGGGUUCAAGCACCCUCUUAGAACAUGCUGUGGCCAUGGUGGGAAGUACAAUUAUAACAAGAACUUGGGGUGUGGAGCAAAGGUUAACAAACAUGGGAAAGAAGUGUUGGUGGGAGCUCCUUGCAAAGAUCCUUGGACUUACGUAAACUGGGACGGGGUUCAUUUCACUGAAGCUGCUAAUAAGUACAUAUUUGAACGUAUUGUUGAUGGUUCACUUUCAGACCCUCCAACGCCAUUAAACAUGGCUUGCUAUAGGAAUUAAGCUAGGAAGGGGAACGCAAGUCUUUUUAGAUUUUUAGUUGUCUAUUUUUGUUCGUUUUUUAAUGGAUUAAGCAAGUUCUAUGUCAUUCUUAAGUUGGGAUCUCUUUAGUUUGAUUAUGGAUUAUAAUUUUAUCUUUAAAUUAAAAUUUAAUUAGGUUUUUUU